AUGGCCUCUUCUGAUACAACAACUAUCAGAGCUCCUGCUGGACCAUGCCUUGUCAAAAAAGAUGACAACCUCAUUCUCGCCCACGGGAUUCCGUACGCUCAUGCAUCUCGCUUUGAGCAGCCAGGGCGCUUACCGCCGUGGACAAACUCAAAGGAUUGCAGAGAGCUCGCGACAAUCUGCCCUCAGCUCCCAUCUCGCCUCGAGUCCGUUGCUCUGGGACCGAUUACUGCAAACAGAUCUAUGGACGAAGAUUGCCUGCACCUUACCAUAAUUUCUCCUGAAAACGCCAGCCAUGCUCCCGUAAUGGUCUGGCUGCAUGGGGGUGCAUUCAUCAGUGGGAGCGGGGACCUCGACUGCUAUGCGCCGAUCAGCCUCGCCCGAGACCAUGGGGUUGUCUGCGUCAAUGUGUCAUAUCGUCUCGGCGUGUUCGGGUAUCUAAUGAUCCCAGGCAUCGCACCAGCCAACCUAGGCUUACUUGAUCAGCGAGCAGCCUUACAAUGGAUUCAAGCGAACAUCUCGAGCUUUGGGGGAGAUCCAAGCAGGGUCACUGUCGUGGGGCAAUCUGCAGGCGCAGACUCUAUUGUCUGCUUGCUAGCCUCAGACGACACUGAAGGUCUCUUCCAUCGAGCCAUUCUAAUGAGUCCACCGCUGCGAGAGAUCCGCGAUCGAAUUCCGACCAUCGCCUUACUCGCGCGCAAAGCCGCGAGCCUGCUAACUGUUGAUCCACGCGAGAUGUCCACUUCCCAGCUGUUGGAUCUUCAAAAAUCUCUUCUGAUGGACCCUGUCAAGCCACAGAUCAUGCUUUUUGGGCCUGCGUUAGGCCACUACCCUUUACCACUCGAAGCAGCGCUAGACCGUCGACUCAGUAGCCGGCUUAGGGACGUGCCGGUUAUGAUUGGGUGGACUGAGCAGGAUGGACGUCCAUUUGCGCGCUGGAUGGGUCCUUUACGGUCCUUGUACCCAUUUCCUGGUAUCGGUCGGAUCCUGGAGUCACUAGGUACCUGGUGGGUGACCAGGAGCUACUUUGCUUGGCCGGCGCAAGCAUUUCGCAAGCAGGUAGAAGACGAUGCCGGCGGCAGAGCGACUAGUUACGAAUUCAAGUGGCAUCCUGACGGAAAUGAGAUGCAGGCGAACCACUGCAUUGAUAUUCCAUUCAUCUUAGGCCGACCAUGUGCUUGGCGGGGUGCUCCCAUGCUCAUGGGCCCAGAGUCACAGGAACAGCUGGAGAAGUUAGGCCAGCACAUGCGGCAUCUGUAUGCAGGAUUCAUUCAGGGAUACCAUCCGAAACCUGGCCAUCUGGUCAUAGGCAAGGACUUUGAAUGUUCAUACAGUCUCUGGCAAUAA